AUGAAAACGUCGUCACCUAGUAUCCCUGGACCUCUUCCAAAACCCGAAAGGGUUUUAGCAUGGUCCAUUUGGAUUUUCCACUCCCUUUUCGCUUUUGUCAUCGCUUAUUGGGUCUCGAAUGGAAAAGCCAAGGGAUGGAUCAAGCAUUGGAUGCAGGAUAGUAGCUAUUUGCCCGGAUGGAAAAUGGACUUGUCGGAUGCUGAAUGGGCGUAUUAUAGGCAAACUGUAUGGCAUUUACUACUGGAUUACGGUCUGCACAGUUUAGGAAUCUACCUCUCCAAACACUGUCUGCCGUCUCCAAUCUCUCGUUAUGCACUCAUUUUGACGGGUUUUUUGGUCCAUAUUCAUAUGAGCAGUUUCCAAUGCAUCGUGGUCCUCUACGCCUUCGCAGCUACUGUAAUUUUUGCCACGUGGCUGAUGGGCGGAGCCAAACUCGUUCCCUGGAUUCUAUGCAUCAGUUUCAUUGCAAAAGCCACUCAAUACGUCCCAUUCAGCUCUGGAACCCAUAUUUUCUACCGGGAAUUCAAUAUUUAUUUAUACGGAUCCAUCAAAAUUCUGAACUUUGCCCUCUACCUCUCCGAUGGUCCAAAAUUCAGAAAUUUCUGGAAACUUCUGGAAGAAUCACUUCUCUACUUCUCCUACCUACCGUACUCUAUGACACUAAUCGUUCGUUUCGAGGACUUCAAAGAGCAAUUCGAAAAAUGGGAAAAAAAUCGAGAGAUUUUUUGUUGGGAGACGAAAAAAAGUGCGAUUUGGUUUGGAGUACGGCUGGCUUUUUGGGGUGCAUUUAUCGAUUUUUUAUUGCAUUUCAUUCAUGUGCAAGCGUUGUUCAAUUCGCCGGACUCGUUGGUCAAUAGCUUGAAUGUUUAUGAAGUCUGCGCAAUCGCCUACGUUGCUGGUCAACUAUUCCAUGUCAAAUACGUUGUCAUUUUCGGUGUACCCGCCUUUUUCGCGGCCCUCGAUGGAUUUCAACCGCCCCCACCACCCAUUUGCAUAUCUCGUGUCUCCCUGUACUCCAGGAUGUGGAGACAUUUUGAUAAUGGGCUUUAUCAAUUUUUAAAGCAUCAAGUCUACAUUCCAGUCAUGAGAAAACCCCUACCUCUGGUUUUAUCAAUUUUAAGAGGGCUUGCAGCUCUUUGUGCAGUUUUUGGAGUGGUCUUGGCUUGGCACGGGACCAGAAGACACUAUAUUUUCUGGGUCACUCUUUCGGCCACCGAACUCAUUGUGGAGAGAAUCGGUUGGCAGAUUUGGGAGCGCCCGGAAGUUCAGAAGCUCCGAGAGAGAAUUGGAGAACAUGGGUGCCGAAGAAUCAUGGCUACUCUCAUGCUGCUUACAGUAACCCCUGGAAUUUUCGGAGUUUUCUUCUUCUUGGGACAAGAAGGCGUUGGAGAAACAAUCGCGAUGAAUGUAGUGGUUCAGGGAUUUUUGGAUGUUAUCAAUUUUAAUAUUUCUGCAUUUCCGCUAACUGCCGGGUUCGCAUUUUUGCAUAUUUUAACUCUGGGUUACUUCUUUAAUAAUGUUUGUUUGGAUAUUGAAUUUUGGAGAAGGAAGAGGACAUUUGCUUCUUUAUUUUCAGCAAAAAAUGCUCAAAAAAUCGGCGAAGUGGCGAAGCCAGAACGGAAGAUUCAGUUCCGCGAGAAGGUGAUGUGGACGGCUGUGACGCUCUUCAUCUACCUUGUCUGCUGUCAAAUCCCACUUUUCGGCAUCAUGACAUCCGACUCUGCCGACCCCCUCUACUGGAUGCGUGCCAUUAUGGCGUCGAAUCGUGGAACGCUGAUGGAGCUCGGAAUCUCGCCAAUCGUCACUUCCGGAAUGAUCAUGCAGCUGCUCGCGGGUAUUAAGGUCAUCGAAGUUGGAGAUUCGCCGAAGGAACGCGCUCUUUUCAACGCUUCGCAGAAGUUGUUCGGAAUGUUGAUCACAAUCGGACAAGCCCUUGUCUACGUCAUGACUGGUAUGUACGGCGACCCAUCAGAGAUUGGAGCCGGAAUUUGCCUCCUUCUCGUCGUCCAGCUCACGAUUGCCGGUCUCAUCGUCCUCCUUCUCGACGAGCUCCUUCAAAACGGCUACGGUCUUGGCUCGGGAAUCUCUCUCUUCAUUGCCACCAACAUUUGCGAGACAAUCAUCUGGAAAACGUUCUCGCCAGCUACUAUCAACAGUGGACGUGGUACUGAGUUCGAAGGAGCCGCCAUCGCUCUCUUCCAUCUUCUCGCCACCCGCUCCGACAAGAUUCGAGCUCUCCGUGAGGCGUUCUAUCGUGGACAUCUCCCGAAUUUGAUGAAUUUGUUGGCUACUGUCUUCAUUUUCUCGAUUGUUAUCUAUUUGCAAGGAUUCCGAGUUGAGCUUCCGAUCAAGUCGUCUCGCCAGCGUGGACAGUAUGCUACCUACCCAAUCAAGCUCUUCUACACCUCAAACAUGCCGAUUAUUCUGCAAUCCGCUCUUGUUUCCAAUAUCUUCGUCAUCUCUCAGAUGCUCGCUAACAAGUGGGGAGGAAACAUCUUCGUUGACAUCUUCGGAAAAUGGGGUGAUGAUAACAACGCGAGAGGCAUCCCAACCGGAGGACUCUGCUACUACCUAUCCCCACCACACUCCUUCGCAGAGAUGUACAAUGAUCCACUUCACUGCAUCGUCUACAUCGUCUUCAUGCUCGGAACCUGUGCCUUCUUCUCCAAAUCCUGGAUUGAUGUGUCCGGAUCUUCUGCCAAGGACGUUGCCAAGCAACUUAAGGAUAGACAGAUGGUUAUGAGAGGUCACCGUGAGGCGUCGAUGAUCCACGAGCUCAACAGGUACAUCCCAACUGCCGCUGCCUUCGGAGGACUCUGUGUUGGAGCUCUCUCUGUGACUGCUGACUUCAUGGGAGCCAUCGGAUCGGGAACUGGUAUCCUUUUGGCCGUCACAAUCAUCUACCAAUACUUUGAAACGUUCGUCAAGGAGCAAGCGGAGGCGGGAGGAGUCAUGGGAAUGUUCCUGAACUAA